AUGGAACUGCGAAAAAGAAAUCUGAUUUCGGUAUUACUGUUCACUCUCGUGGCUCAAAUAUGUUUCCGCUUAUUGUUGGAGGGGCUAGUCCCAGGAUCGGGAAUAAUCCUCCCAAGCUUGAGAGUUGGCCUUUCCUUCCUUAUUUCGUGGGGGGCUUUUCAAAAAUAUUUUUUGAACAUGCCAGGUUUGGCCGUCAGCCCUUCUUCGGAGGGGAGGGUAAUUUCCUAUUCUAGCGGAUCCGGGAGUUUCAGUAACAUGGAAAGUGGCAGUGGGGGCUCUGGUUGGACAGAUUUUGACAUCGACGUCUUAACAGAGCCCUUUUCCGAAACGGAAAUGGGGGGCGCAUCGGUUAAUUCUUCGAUCCCGAGGGUGGCAAGCGAUGAAGCGGGACCUUCGGGCCAAGGAUCUGUGGUCCGGAAUGCUAGCUUGGAGUCCUCAAUGCGGAAUAGGAUUCUACAGCUGGAGAGGGUUCCAAACCAAACCUUUCUUCUGGGUAAGCCCAGAGGGACAUAUGUUCAAGACCUCCUAGGAGAGCUACGUAAGGCUACCUCUCAGGCCGAGUAUAACAGAUUACUCGACUUUGAGAACAGAGACCUGCUCAUCCGGGAGCAGAAACAAAAAUCUUUCUCUAUUUUUCAGGAGGUCCUUUCUGACAAUGCGGACAUGGCCAAACAAUCCCCAUACAAUCCUGAAGAAGUCUUCAAGGACUUCUUAACCGCAGGACGCGACAAGCUAGACCUAGAGCACCCAACCUUGCCCGUACGGGAUCGCGACCAUCUUGAAUUGAAUUGGUUAGAUCAAGUGAGGCAGGAGCUCGAGGACGGGGGAACGCACUAUCUCCUAAACGUCAUUUUCUCAAAAUUUGGCGGGUAG